UUAAUCCUUCGCUAUCAUUGGCAUUGCGUUACCGUGGCGUUCGACACAGAAGGGUUCGGUGAAAGCGGAUAUAUCAUCUCUCAUCUCAGAUCAGGUGGGUCGUUCUUCAAUUAUUGCCAAUGGAUUUUUCUCCUUUGCACGAGCACGUCUGCAUGGAAUCUUCUGAUCAUUGGCUUCAGGGCGCAGUUCAAGAGGAAUCUGCAGGAGGAUUGGAUUCUUCAUCUUCUUCUCCACCAUUACUGGAGAGGAGGGUGAGGCCAGCCCCAGCGGACCAAGCGUUGAAGUGUCCGAGGUGUGAGUCAACAAACACCAAGUUCUGCUACUACAACAACUAUAGUCUCUCUCAGCCAAGGUACUUCUGCAAAACUUGCAGAAGGUACUGGACCAAAGGAGGCACAUUGAGAAACAUCCCAGUAGGCGGAGGUUGCAGAAAGAACAAGAAAGUCUCAUCCAAGAAAUUCAACGACACUGUUCAUACACAGUCAGAACCCAAAGAUCUUCAACUCACAGCCUCUAAUUUCCCAUCAGAUCAUGCCAUGCAUUUUCCCCACUCUGUGGGACUAAUGAUGGAGAAUUCCAGGCUCAUGGAAACUAACUUUGGAGGGAUAAAUAAUGUUAUGGGAAAUAUUGGCGAUACUGGGAUUGCAGAUCAGAUAAAUUAUGGCCGCAAUGGGUUAUUGGCGCAGAAUUUCCAGGGUUUUGGAGGAAAUAUGUGUUACUUUGAUGGCUAUAACAGUAAUGGUGGGGCUUAUAGCACAUUGGACUCUUUUUACCAUGGCAGUGAAGAUCAAAAUGUUGGUGGAAUUAUUCCUGAUGUGAAGCCAAAUCCUAAGUUAUUGUCUCUCGAAUGGCAAGACCAAGGUUGUUCUGAUGCUGGGAAAGAACCUUUUGGUUAUAUCAACACCACUUUGGGAUCAUGGACUGGCAUGAUCAAUGGUUAUGGACCCUCCACAACACACCCUUUGAUCUAAACUACUCUUGCUGCUGCAUAUUCAAUUUACUGCUCACCGGGUUGAUUAAUAAAAGCAUAACGAGUAAAUAUCAUUUUGAUAGUUCUGUAUGUCUCACACUGUUAUGUUUUUAUUAAGAGAUCAGACAGUGGACACUUGAAAAUCAUGCAUGUAUGCUCAGAUUAUGAUCAAUGGCUCAGGUGUUCAUCUGUC